CAGUCCGUUACAGAGACAGUAUUUCCUGUCAGGGUUUCCCCGAGAAGAGAGUAACUCACCGGGCAGAGAGUCGGGAUUGCCCCGGGAGAGAGGCUGCGGUUUGCCGGGCGGAGAAGCGCGAUUAGUUAGAAAUCGAGCUGGGAUUACACCGGUCUGAGAUUCGGGAUGUAAUACUGGGCAGAGAACCUCCAUACACCGAGCAAAGAAACUGCAAUCUGCGGGAAACUCUGAACGAAACCCGGGGAGAAGACAGAGCCAGAUCCCAGGGAGGUCCCGGCACGGAGCUCAGAGCCGGAGAGAUCCCUUCGGACCCCCGGGAGGUGAGGGGUCCAGCGGGGUGCCAUCGCGGGCAGACACAGCCCGAGUGCCCGGGAAGGGGACCUGACAGCCAGCGAGAGGGCCGGGGAGGGGGAGCGGAGACAGUCUGGAGUUAUCUGUCUGAUAUAAACAGCGCCAGCUGGGCGAGACUGGGCCAGACCCGGCCGGAUUAGGGCAGCGAGACCAGACACCCGGGACUGACCCGGUUUUUGACAUUUAGGAGCCGGGAAAGAGCCGGAUCGAGACCUCAUGAAUGGAAAUCGGAACUACAGGAGCCGUUGGGGCCCAGCCCCUGUUCUCGGUGCCGAGGCGCCCGGGCUAUGGGACCAUGGGGAAGCCCAUCAAGCUGCUGGCCAACUGCUUCCAGGUGGAGAUCCCCAAGAUGGACGUGUACCUCUAUGAGGUGGACAUCAAGCCAGAGAAGUGUCCCCGGCGCGUCAACAGGGAGGUGGUGGACUCCAUGGUGCAGCACUUCAAGGUGACGAUAUUCGGGGACCGGAGGCCGGUGUACGAUGGGAAGAAGAGUCUGUACACCGCGAACCCGCUGCCUGUGGCCACUGCAGGGGUGGACCUGGACGUGACUCUGCCGGGCGAGGGGGGGAAGGACCGCCCCUUCAAAGUGACGAUCAAGUUCGUGUCGCGGGUGAGCUGGCACCUCCUGCACGAAGUCCUGACGGGCCGCAGCGUGGCAGAACCACUGGAGCUGGACAAGCCCAUCAGCACCAAUCCUGUGCACGCCGUCGACGUGGUACUGAGACACCUGCCCUCCAUGAAGUACACUCCAGUGGGGCGCUCCUUCUUCUCGGCCCCCGAGGGCUAUGAUCACCCGCUGGGCGGGGGCAGGGAGGUGUGGUUUGGGUUCCACCAGUCCGUCAGGCCCGCCAUGUGGAAGAUGAUGCUGAAUAUUGACGGUAAGCAGGCUGCAGCACAGUGCGCUGUGGAGGGAACGGCAGCCCUGUGGAAAGCAGGACAU